ACUUCAUGAUUUUGAUUCUCGCUUUGUCCUCGUGUUGAAUUGUUGAUUAACAUUUUUAGGUUAAUUUUGUGAUUGUAAAGUUAUUUCAAUUAAAAUAAUAUAAAUAGUUGUCUGAUAUUUUAUAAUUAUAGUGUAGAAGUUUAUUUUUAUUUUAGUUUCAAUUUAAUAAAUACCAAUAAAAUGACACAGAAAGAUGAUGAUGGCGGACUGAUGCUAAAUAUUACCACUAAUCCUGUUCCAAAGCAUAAAAAGGUUCAAAACAAAAGGAAAGUUGAAAAACAUGUUGAAGUCACAGAAGAUUUCCAGCCCAAGGCAAAGAAGAAAAAACUGCUCUCCCAAGACCUCAAGAAAGAAAGUGCGCUAUCCAGUGGUGAAGGUCAGAGCAAAGGGAGAAUAUCGUCGUUGUUCGCAAACAAUCCUGAAAUACCCACUGUUAGCCACAAGAAAGUCAAACCAGCCGUUGAAGAUGUAUUCUCCAAGGAAUCGUUUGAGUCUCUGAAUAUUCACAAAUAUAUUGUUCAAAAUUUGAAGCAGAACUUCGGCAUAACGGAAACAACAAAGGUCCAACAGAUGUCGAUUCCAAUCCUACUGGAAGGCAAGGAUGCUCUGAUCAGGUCGCAGACGGGCAGUGGCAAGACGCUGGCCUACGCAUUACCCAUUCUGCACUUGUUGCAACAAUUCGAGCCGAAAAUCACAAGAGCCGAUGGAAUCAAAGCGCUAGUCGUUAUUCCUACCAGAGAGUUGGCCCUGCAAACUUACGAGUGUUUCAACAAAUUGGUCAAAUCAUUUGCUUGGCUUGUGCCUGGUUUGCUGGUGGGAGGAGAGAAAAAGAAAUCGGAGAAGGCGCGGUUGAGGAAAGGCAUCAACAUUCUAGUGGGGACUCCCGGCCGACUGCUCGAUCACGUCGAGAACACUAAAUGUGUGAAUCUCAACACCGUGCAAUGGUUUGUGUUGGACGAAGCCGAUCGCUUACUCGACAUGGGAUAUGAAAAGGAUGUAGCAAGUUUGGUGAAUGCCCUAGAAGCCCAGCAGUCAGGAUUCAACAGGCCGACCUUCCGUCGUCAGACCAUUCUGCUGUCAGCAACGAUGACGCCGAAAGUCGAACGCCUGGCGGGGCUGACCCUGAAUGAGCCAUCCCGGAUCGACGCCUUAUCGGGUGGUGGGGGGGAGGGUGGAGACACAUCCGACCAAAUGACAAUACCCAAGUCGUUGAAGCAGUCCUACAUUGUCACUCCACCGAAGCUCAGGCUUGUCACAUUGGCGGCUAUCAUACACCAGAAAUGUCAGAUUGAACAAGGAAGCAGAAAGAUGCUAGUUUUCAUGGCGACUCAGGACAUGGUGGACUACCACACGGAGCUGCUGACGACGGUGCUCACUGACUCGGCCGAAUACUUCAAGUUGCACGGCAGCAUGACGCAGACUGAGCGAACCACUAUAUUCAAAACAUUCCGGGCCGCCCAGUCUGGAGUUCUCUUUUGCACUGACGUGGCGGCGAGAGGCCUGGACCUGCCGAAUGUGGAGUGGAUAGUGCAGUACACAGCGCCAACCACUCCGUCCGACUAUGUUCACCGAGUGGGUCGCACGGCUCGGGCUGGCCUCGCCGGCUCGGCUCUCAUCUUCCUCGCCCCGUCAGAGCUGCCGUUCAUUGCCCUACUCGAACACAAAAACAUCAAGUUGAUGGAAGAGACGAUGGAAAAUUGCUUGAAUAACUUGCGUUUGUUACCCCUGGAAGGAGCUGAUGAAUUUCAGAGAGAUAGACGAGGUGGUGGCCCAACCACUGAAGCGGCAGCCACAGCACUUCAACUCCAAUUCGAGAACUCCUUGUAUGACCAGAAGAAACUUCACAGUUUGGCAUGCAAAGCUUAUCAAUCGUGGGUUAGAUUCUACGCCAGUUAUCCUAGAGAGUCGCGAGAAGCUUUCGAUUUCAAGAGUCUGCACUUGGGCCACUAUGCCAAGAGCUUCGCACUCAGAGAUCCACCGUCCACUAUCAAAGGAAUGACUAACUCAAAGAAUGAAGAUCAACACAAUGGCUACAAAGAAAGGUUCAACCGCGCUGCUAAGAAACCCAAACAAGUCAGAUCGAAGAAAUUCUCCGAGUUUGACAGCGGGAUCUCGUUUAAAAAGAAGAAAAACAAAAGUGAUUUAUGAUUGUAUUCUUUCUUUGAUUGUAAAUAGAGAUUAUACACUUUUAUUAAAUGUGA